AUGAAGAGUUCGCAUUUUAAAGAGGAUGCUAUUAAUAAGUUACUAGGUCAAGACGUCGAUGGAUGGCUUUUUCUUAAAUUAACUGAAGAAAAACUUACCUGUAAAAAUGGUCCUUAUGAAUUCAAACCUGGUCCUGCAGAAAGGAUCAUAGAGUUAGUUGAGAGACUCAAAGAAAAACAAGUCAUAACUGCCACCGAAUUCGAAAAAUUCUGUGAAAAUAAUAAAAGGCAAUUAGAAAAGCUUAAUAAAAUGAUGAACACAGUCAUCAUUGACAUUGAUCACCUUUCUUUCGAUAUUAAUACAACUAAAGAAGAUAUUAGGGAAUUAAUGGCUGUUUAA